UUUAUAUGUCUUGGUAUUGGGUAUAGAACCUUUUUGUUCUAUGUGUAGUCUUUUCAUACCACGGCUUUGUUUAAAUUGUGUGCGACGUGCUUCGCUUCGUUCGAAUUGUGUUCCCCUUGCGGCUCUGCGUGAAUUGCUUAGUAUGCAAUUCUUAAGUCGUUUUGGUCGCUACUCCUGGAGUACCACUUGCAUAGUGAGUGUUGCAUGAUGGGACUUUGCUCCGAUGAGUAUGUGUCAAAUUUGUAAUUUUAUUGCUAAUAUUUUAUUAUCUUUUCUAGUGGAAUUCCCCUAUUAUUAUUAUUUAUAAACCCGUCGGGGCUCUAGACGAACUAAACAACACCAAUAGUCUUGCAAUUUCUUCUAUCUGUUCUCAAAUUAUGCAUUUGUGAAGAAACAUUUCCCUUUAAUAUAUAAAGAUAAUUAUAUUAUAUUUUUUUUUUUUUUUUUUUUUCUUUCCCUCUAAGCGUAGUUCCUAAUUAUGCCUUGACCACUCUUUAUUGCCGUUUGUGUUUCAACCGUGAAAAUUAAUUUUGGACUUUUAUUUUUUUCAUUACUGGCUCAAUGUGCCAUUUGUUUGACGGUCAAGGUCUCGCGUAGCUACUAAGCUUUGCAAUUAUUGACGUAGGUCAUGAUGAAGCUUUAGUUUUCUUCUUCCCACUUUUGUUCGCAAUAAUCGCAUACUCAUAUGCGUUCCGCGAUUAUUGCUGUAUCGGAGACGUGAUUAAUCCUAUACAAUUGGCGAUGCCUGUCAUCAGUGGAUUAAUAUUUGUGUCAUCAUCUAUCUUGUCAUCUUGUCACUUGUCAUCUUUUGUGAUAUUUAGCUGUAAAAGUUAAAUUCAUGUAAUGAUGUGAAAUAACAAAAAUUUGAUCAUGUAUUAGUAAACUAAAAGAGAGAGAGAAAAAAAAAAACGUUCCUGUUUCGAACCUUAGAUCCUCUGAUCUUUGGUUUCGCUGUUUACUUUGAGUCCAGUUGUGAGGAACUCGAAUGAAAAGGUAUUUUAUUGAUGUUAUUUUAUGUGAUCAACUCACGUGUUUGACCCACUGUGAGUUGAUAUAUUUUUAGGUUUCCAUUCCAAUUGGAAAAUUUUCGAUGGACUUGAUUCACUGGUAUGUGUGAAACCGUGUCAAUCGACUAAUAAAAAUGCAAUUAUGCAUUAUUGAUUGUCGUCAUUCUUAAUUUGUUUCGGUAUGGGCAGUACGGGUCGGUACCCCUGGUUUUUUAGUUUGAUUUGUUCAUUAAAUUAAAAAAAAAUUCUGAGGUUAUCUUAGUGGCGUGUGACUAGCCACGGAUUAGAAUGUAGUGUCGUAGUAGUGGAAUAUUCUGUGCCAGAAAGUGGAAUAUUCUGUGCCAGAAUAGUGUGGUGAACAGUCCGCUAUGGCGGUGAGGUUGGAUGGGUUGAAUCCUGUUGCUGGUUCCAGUGCCCUGUGAGCUGCUCCCUGUCCGUGGGAUCUAUUGCGAUUGGAUUUCGAAAACUUGAAUUCGCGUAACACUGGUCAACAGUCGAUCUCGGAUUGUUAUUAUUGUUCCUCUAACACUUUCACUGUUUCUUCUUCUAAUCCUUUUUAUUUGUUCUUUUAGGUUUCGACCAUCUUCGAGGAGGAGCCCUUAGAAAUAUUGGACUUGCACGUUUCGUGGCAUUCACUUUCGUUGAUUUGGGUCUGUUUUUUCGAUACGUCAAAGUCACUUAAGCACGUUUCCCUGGGGACUGUCAGCAUUUUAGCCGGGCGAGGACGUUUCGUAAUGGCUAGCAGAGAUACCGGCAUAUUUAUAAGCGCAAUAAUUGCGCUGCUAUUUACUUUUAUUUGUGCCGCUCCUGGUCUUCGUAAUCUGACACUCGUCAUCAAACCGCCGUGGGUCCAGCGCGGUCAAGAAGCUCAGCUACACUGCCAGUACGAGAUGGAAGGUGCCCCGCUCUACUCGGUCAAAUGGUAUCGUGGAACGCUAGAAUUCUAUCGAUAUUCACCGUUCGAGAACCCUCCAGCGAGGAUUUUCCCGUUCACUGGGAUCAAAGUUGAUAUGACGGUCUCAAACGCAACGCACGUUACGUUGCGAAACGUCGGCUUCAACCUGUCCGGAAAUUUCACAUGUGAAGUGACGGCGGAUGCUCCGUCCUUUUACACCGGUGUUGCAACCAACGUACUCACGGUUGUUGAACUACCACACUCGGCGCCAACCUUAUGGAUGGAGCACACAAAGUACGACCCGGGUGAUAUCUUGCGGGCGAACUGUUCAACACCACCAUCAAAACCGGGAGCCACCAUAACCUUCUUGCUGAACAGUAUGACGGUGGGUUCGGAACCAACAGUGUUGCAUCCAACCCACGACGGUCUGCACUGGGCCUCAAGGGAUCUUAUCAUUCAGUUGCUACCAUCGCACUACUCAACCGGACAACUGAUUCUGCGAUGUUUAGCCGAGGUAGGCACAAUCUACUCGGAUGUAUCCCAAGCUCCGUUGGAAAGCAGCCGAAAGGAACCCAUACCUGAGCGAGUAACAUACCCGAAUGGAUCGCCGAUAAUCAACUGCAGCAGUAGUGUACUGGCAGCCCUGUUAACGUUGCUGCUAUUCUCCACUUGCAUCAGAUUGGAAGUGUACCGCCUUCACCACCAACCGCUUCGGACAAAAAGAAUCGGAGCUAGAUAGUUCACUUAUAGUUCGCAAUCGAAGCCUGAAAUAUUGCUGUAAAUGAUUUCAUCCACAUUUUUUUGAUAUUUUGCCCAUUGUUCAACAUUACCGCACUUUCGUACAUCCUUGGACAAGUUAGACACUAAAGGAAAAAAGUGGCAGAGAAGUAUGGUACGUUAAUUAACAGGUAUUCUGGACUCGAAGUGUGUCGAUACACGAUUCACUCAUACACUCUUAACUAUGACGUGUUAGCUUUGCUGGAGUACGGCAAAUGUAUAGCAUUUCAUAGCGAAAGUAUUUUUUGCUGCAAACGAUACUUGUAUGAACUUUUAGGAGAAAGAACUGAACGUAAAUUGAUAUUGUGACAAAAAAUAUCAAAAACUGAAUUAGCCACAUUUUUAGAUAGCUCAUAAUUUAAUUACAGAUUUUUCAGCGUUAUGAAUACAUUUUCAAACUAGUCGCAGCUGUAGAAAUGAAUGAAAUCAAAUCGACCGGUAAUUAAUUUUGUGUUAUAUAUACAAAUAUUUUCUACAUUUUAUUAAAAUCGUGAAGGGCAAAAACCACCUGCAAAAGUGAGUCUAAGUCGAAUUAUAUACUUUGUUCAAAUUGUUGAAAUAUCUCACCGGGAAAUUUUCAUGAGCUAUAUGGUUUGCUAACAAAAACUACUUACGUUUCAAUUCGUUUGGUUCAGAUUUAAAAAAAAUAUCUACGCGUAGCUCUAAAUCGAAAAUCCGUCAUAACCUUUUGUUCUGAGUCCAGUAGUUGCGUUGCACAAAAAACGAGGCUUGAAAAAAUGUGAUUUGCAAUAGGUGAAAAUAUUCAACUGUUUGAGCUGAUGAUUGUUCAAAAAUAAAAAAAAACAUGCGAAAGAGAAAUUUCAUACAAGCGGCAAUGGAUAUUCUUACAGAAUAAGCGCAUGUUUGUUGAAUGUAACAGAAAAAACCCCGAUGUGACGCGACUACUUUACGAAAUCUCUUAGGCACUAAUUGUCCAGCUAAUUCCUGUACAUACAUGUGUGAAUACCAAUCUGAUCAUUUUUGCUACAAAUUAAAACCAGAAAAAAUACCAAAGAUAAGAAUUCUAGUAAAAAUAUUACCGCUAAUAAAAUCUCUUUCUCAUUUGUUUCUAGAUAAAUAGAAUAAGGAAAAACCCUAGACUAACCAUCUAUGUACAGAUGUAUUGAUACUCUCUUUCAGCGUACCUCCUGCUCAACACCACAAUGCAUGCGGACCCUCAAUUAUUCGGAAAAAAUUCGGAUACUUCCCAAAACUUGAGAGACUUGCACCCUCUUAGUUAGCAAUUGCAAAAUUGACAACAUUGCCAAGGUUACUUCUAUCAUCUGUGUCCAUGUUCCAGCAGUCCAUGUUCCAGCAGUCCAUGUUCCAGCAGUCCAU